AUGAAAAAAAGAGUCGUAAUUACUGGUAUGGGUGCCAUUUGUCCUGCUGGUGCCAAUAAAUAUACGUCUUGGAAAAAUGUUUUGUCGGGAAAAUCAUUUGUAAGAAAAUUGGACAAUGACCUUUACAAAAAUAUUCCUUCCAAAAUCGCAGCUACUCUGGACGGACUGGAGAAUUUACCAGAAUCAGUACCCAAGAGCAAAGUACGUACAAUGGCUCCUUCCACUCGUCUAGCUCUAAUUGCUGCACAAGAAGCAGUUGAUGAUUCUAAAUUAUUUUUGUCUACAGUCGAUAAAGAAAAUAUCGGUGUCAGUGUAGGAGUAGGAAUGGUGGACUUAGAGGAUGUGUGUCAAACAGCCAAAGCUUUAGAAAUUAGUUACAGUAAAGUCAGCCCAUACUUUGUGCCACGCAUUCUACUCAAUAUGGCUGCUGGCCAAAUAAGCAUGGCUUACGGAAUACAAGGACCCAAUCAUGCUGUAUCUACUGCUUGUGCAACCGGAGCCCAUGCAAUUGGUGAUGGUUUUCGUUUUAUUCAGCAUGGGCAAGCAAAAGCAAUGAUUUGUGGUGCUGCUGAGUCAUGUAUAAGCCCAUUGUCAAUAGCUUCUUUUUGUAGAAUACGGGCACUAUCUACUCAAAACGACAAACCAGAAUUGGCAUCAAGACCGUUCGAUUUAAAUCGAAAUGGUUUUGUUAUCGGUGAAGGGUCUGGUAUGCUUAUACUAGAAGAAUUGGAACAUGCUCUUAAUAGAAACGCACAUAUUUAUGGAGAAGUUCUGGGUUAUGGUUUAUCUGGUGAUGCUUCACACUUAACAGCACCACCAGAAAAUGGCCAAGGAGCUUAUCUAGCCAUGACUAGAGCCAUUUUAGAUGCUAAUGUAGAUAAGACGCAAAUUUCAUACGUAAAUGCACAUGCCACUUCAACUCCGGUAGGAGAUGCCAUCGAAUUAAAAGCAAUUAAAAGAAUUUUUAAUGAGCACUGCAUUAAUGUACAUGUUUCAUCCACAAAAGGUAGUCAUGGUCAUUUACUAGGAUCUGCGGGUAAUUUAGAGAGUAUUUUUACAAUUCUCGCCUGUUAUGAAGGUGUCAUUCCACCUACAGCAAAUCUAAACAACAUUUGCAAAGAAGCUGAGAAUUUAAUUUGUGUUUCUAAAAGUCCAGUGCAAUGGAAACAAGAAAAAAGAAUAGCAAUAAAAAAUGCAUUUGGUUUUGGAGGUACAAAUGCAUGUCUUUGUUUUUCUAAUUUUAUUUCAUGA